AUGACCAAUCUAGCACCUAUCCAACAAAAUAAUUUUGAAUUCCCAUAUGCUACAAGGUGGUCUUCACUUGGGAUGAAUUACGACAACUGUUCCCAUUUCAGUAUCACCCAAUACAGAAAUCUUAUAGAUCAUUUGGGACAAGAUGAUUUUAUUUGGCAGCCAUAUCUUGGUCUAGAAGCCAUUCAUGAAGUUAACCAACACGACUCUGCAGUGUGGAGUGCAAAGGUGCCGAUUAUCAACUUCACCACCGUGGAGAUGCACAACAGUGAUCGUGUCAAGCUUCAGUUUGGAAUGCUUCAAGAUAUUCCAUGUCCGCCGUAA